AUGCAUUUUCGGGCCCACCAGAAGGAAAAUCAGGAUGUCACCAGAGGAAAUGCUCGGGCUGACAAGGAAGCCAAGCGACCCGCUGCUCUGGAACCCCCAAGGACUGGCAACACCCCUAUGCAUGCCUUCAUUCCAACUUUAGACAGACUCCCAACCCCCACCUAUUCAACUGAGGAAAUCAGGUUGGCUGACUUGAAUUUGGCUGAACAGGAUGGGUGGCGCUACACCACUGCUACCAACAAGGUGCUUCUCCCAAAGGCCCUCACCCGGCAGGUGUUGCAAACGCUACACCAAUCCACUCAUGCGGAAAAGGAGGCCUUAGUCCAGCUAGCGGAAAAGUAUUUCCUAGCCAAUGGACUUCAACCUUUGGCAUCCCAGGUACAAGCGGACUGUCUGGUGUGCCAGAAAAACAACCGUAGGUCUGGACGUCAGGAACAGCCAGCCACCUUGCCACCCACACCAGGUCUGGGCUUGAUGUGGCAAACAGACUUCACCGAACUGCCUCGCACCCACGGAUUCAGGUACCUGCUUGUCCUAGUGGACCGUUUUUCGGGAUGGCCAGAGACGUUUCCAUGUCGCAACUGCACUGCCAAGACAGUGGCUCUCAAGUUCGUUAAGGAAGUUAUUCCUCGCUUUGGGCUUCCCCAGUGGAUGGAAUCGGACAAUGGGCCCCACUUUGUUUCACAAGUUGUCCAGCAUGUAGCCACUGCCUUCUGCACCUGGAAACUCCACACCCCAUGGCGACCGCAGGCUAGCGGGGCCGUGGAGCGCAUAAAUCAAUCUUUGAAAAGACAUCUCUCCAAGAUCUGCCAGGAAGCCAGCUUACAGUGGCCCGAGGCGCUGCCCCUCUCCUUGCUCCGUCUUCGUGCCCUUCCCCGGGGUAGGCUAGGGUUAAGCCCCUUUGAUAUUUUGUUCGGACGACCCUGGCCUAUGAACGGAACACUGGUCCUGGCAGGGGAGUGGGUAGUGGGGGACAAAUCGUUAUCUCAGUAUAUGUGCUCGUUGUCUGCUGUUCUUGUCUACCUUCACAGGUUCACCAAGGACUCACAGCCCCUCCCGCUAGACGUGCCUGUCCACUCCCUGCAGCCUGGCGACUCCGUCCUCAUCCGCACCUGGAAGGACGAACCUCUGCAGGAACGGUGGAGGGGACCGCAUACAGUCCUGCUGGUAUCCCACACGGCGACCAAGGUCGAAGGACAUAAAAACUGGAUACACUACUCCCGGCUCAAGGCAGUGAAGGCUCCCCCGUUACCAGAUCAGUGGAUUGUCCAGCCCGCUGACAACUCAGACAACACCGACCUUGGACUAAAACUGUUGUUCAAACGACACAAAGGUCCAAAAGGGGACACGUCGCCCAUCUGA